GCAAACAGAAACUUGCCAGCUGCAGAGCAGAUGGCAAAUCCGGGAGGCCUUGGGCUGUGGCGGCCUCCUCCGCUCCACCCACCGCACCGCACCCCACCCCACCUAAGGCCGCCAGGGCGGGUUAGGCUUUCCGAGUUGGCCGCGCAUCCGUGCCCCUGCGGGAGGGCUUCGACUGCCCCGCUGCCGAGAGCCCGGGAGCCCCAGGCCCGAGACACUCCGAGUUCCGGUGUCCCGGGCCAGGGCUUGGCCGGCGGGGCGCGAUGGCGACAUGGCGGCGUGACCGCCGGCUGACCGGCAGCCAGCGGCUGCUGUGCGCCGGGCUGGCCGGGGCGCUCAGCUUGAGUCUCACCGCACCACUGGAGCUCGUGACUGUGCUAGCCCAGGUCGGCGUGGUGCGAGGUCGCGACCGAGGGCCGUGGACCACAGGGCUCGCGGUGUGGCGGGCCGAGGGGCCCCGGGCCCUGUGGAAGGGGAAUACGGUGGCCUACCUGCGCCUCUUUCCUUACAGCGCCUUGCAGCUCACUGCCUACCGCAAGUUUGUUGUACUCUUCAUGGAUGACCUGGGCCAUAUUUCCCAGUGGAGUGCCAUCGUGGCUGGAAGUCUUGCAGGCAUGGUUUCCACCAUUGUGACAUAUCCUGCAGACCUCAUCAAAACGCGCUUGAUUGUGCAGAAUAUUCUGGAACCAUCAUAUAGGGGGAUCCUCCAUGCUUUUUCUACUGUUUAUCAACAGGAAGGAUUCCUGGCUCUUUAUCGAGGGGUUUCCCUUACGGUUUUAGGUGCUCUCCCUUUCUCUGCUGGCUCCCUUCUAGUUUACAUGAACCUGGAGAAAAUCUGGAAUGAACCCCGAGAUCGCUUCUCUCUCCUCCAGAACUUUGCCAAUGUCUGCCUGGCUGCUGCUGUGACUCAGACCCUCUCCUUUCCCUUUGACACGGUAAAGAGGAAGAUGCAGAGAAUGGAGAGUACUCAUGGAAAGAAUAAACAACCUGAAAUGUUGCCUUUGCUGGAAGGCCUCUUUGGAGUUUAUCACAGAAACCAUCAAGUGCUUGGCUUUGAAGUAUUUGUCUUUUAUCUUGAUCUCCUGCAAGUUUGUUCCUUCUUUCCCCCAGUAUGUAUUCAGCAAAUACUGUAUACCAGGCAUGUUGGUAGGCUUUGGGGAUAAAACCACAAACAAGGGAGACAUGGUCGCUGCCCUCAUAAUAUUUAUAGUUUGGGAGGUCGGGGUUGUGGGGGGAGAAAGAAAGAAUUUACACCACAGAAAUUAACACAUGAAAGAAAUAAUUUUACACCAAGUCAUUACAAAGUGUGUCAAAUGCCAUGAAGGAGAAGUACAAUGUGACCAAAGGUGUUUACUAGGCUCCUGACUUUGGGGAUCUGAGAAGACUUCCUAGAGGAAGUGAUACAUAUUCUGAUCAAUGAGAGAAAUCCAGGUAGAUGGAGGAAAUGGUAGGUUUGAAGGCUUGGAGUCAGAAAGAAGUGUACAGUAGGGCCAGCAGCCUGGAUUAUAGGAUCAAGAAAGGGCUUUCAAGGUCAUUUAACUCCAAUCUCCCCACUUGACAUAUGAACAAACUUAGGUUCAAAGAACUAAAUGACUUGGUCAAGGUAAUACAGAUAGCAGCAGAGCCAGGACUAGCACCUGGCUCCUCUGGUAUUUUUCAGAUGGCGCUGUGCUGCAAAAUGCAGCAUGCCCAUCCUGGGGUCUACACACCUAUGGGAUAAUUGCCUAGCUUCAUGUGGAGGGAGUGUUUAAGUUCAGGUCCUGUGACUAGCAGCCUGACAUGUUUGUUUCUCUUUACUAGUAAGAUACAGUUUGGGCAAGUGGCAGUGUAGCAUUCGAGUGGGUUGUUUUAGUCCUCAGCAUGCCUGUCUCUUCUCCAAGUUUAGAUAAUAAAUAAUAAUGAUAUUAAUAACGGUGGUCAUUUAUAUAGUGCUUGCUAUAUGUCAAAUGCUGUUCUAAGCAUUUUAUAUGUAUUUCACUUAAUCUUGACAAUAAUCCUACAAGGUAGGUAUUAUUAUCACCCCAUUUUACAGAUGAAGAAAUUGAAGCUCUGAAGGUCAAGGCAUUUGCUCAAGGUCGCAGAGCUAGUGAGUGGCAAAGCAUGGACUCGGUCCAGGCAGUCUGGUUUUAGGGCCCACAUACUUUUCCCAAUCACUCUCAGUGUCAGCAGCAAAGUAGUAGACUCAGGUCUGGACCCUGAGCAGCUUUGUGCUUUAGAGGGCCCACACAACCCUAGCUGCACAUAAGAACCACUUGAGGAGCUUGCCAAAAAUGCUGAUGUCCAGGCCUCACCCUAGGUCAGUUAAAUCAGUCUCUAGGGGUGGAUUCCAAUCAUUGAUGGUUUUGAAAAGCUUCUCUAGUUAGUCCGAUACACAGCUAAGGUUGAGAAGCACUGGAAUAUAGCCUUACCAUUCCUUCUUCAUUUGGAUGUGUUUUAGUUCAAGCUGGUGCAACAAAAUACUAUAGGCUGGGAGGCUUAAACAACACUUCUCAUAGUUCUGUAGGCUGGUAAGUCCAAGGUCAAGGUGGCAGUAGAUUCAGUGUCUGGUGAGAACCUACUUCCUGGUUUGCAGGCAGCCACCUUCUUGCCUGUGUCCUCACAUGGUUGAGUAAGAGAGAUCAUCUAAGUCUGUCAUUAUAAGGGCACUAAUCCCAUUCAUGAGGGCUCCACCUUCAUGACUUAAUCAUUUCCCAAAGGCCCCCAUCUCCACAUAGCAUCACACUGGGGAUCAGGCCUUCAAUAUAUGAUUUGUGGGGGCACACAAACAUUCAGUCCCUAGCAGGAGGCAACCAGCAAUACAUGUUUUCUUUUGUGUUCUGAAUAUCAGUUUAGUAUGACACUUGUAGAGGCAUUGAUUCAUACCACACCAUGAGCUCCAGUCUUAGCAUAAAGAAUUCAUUCAGCCCUGGCUGGUGUGGCUCAGUG